UUUGCAACUGGGCACGCCUCUCUAUGCAAUGCCAUCGUCAUCGAGCCCAUCAUUUUUAAAGCUCAAAGCCUCAAACAUGCGAACCCAUUAACCGGUCGAGAAGUUAGAAAGAAGUUCCCCAACAAGAACUGACUCGGGUGUUGAAAAUUGAGAUCAUCUUAUUCGUUGACCCAUCGAGUAGUUUCUUGGUUUGUUGCAGGCUUCCAUGGCUUCAAAAGCAGAUAGUUCAAUUAAACCUAGAGAUGUUUGCAUUGUUGGUGUUGCAAGAACGCCAAUGGGUGGCUUCCUUGGUUCCCUUUCAUCUUUGCCCGCUACAAAACUUGGUUCUAUAGCUAUUGAAUGUGCUCUUAGGAGAGCAAACGUGGAUCCAUCUUUGGUGCAAGAAGUCUUCUUUGGAAAUGUUCUUAGUGCAAAUUUAGGCCAAGCCCCUGCCAAACAGGCUGCAUUAGGCGCUGGUAUACCUAAUUCUGUUAUAUGCACAACCAUUAACAAAGUGUGUGCUUCAGGAAUGAAAGCAACAAUGAUUGCAGCACAAACAAUAGAAUCGGGUACAAAUGAUGUAGUCGUAGCUGGUGGCAUGGAAAGCAUGUCUAAUGCACCAAAGUAUCUCCCUCGAGGAAGGACGGGAUCUCGGCUAGGGCAUGAUACUAUUAUUGAUGGCAUGCUCAAAGAUGGUCUAUGGGACGUCUAUAAUGAUAUUGGAAUGGGUGUUUGUGCAGAAAUAUGUGCUGAUCGAUAUAACAUUACCAGAGAAGAACAGGAUACUUAUGCUAUUCAAAGUUUUGAGCGUGGAAUUGCUGCGAAAACCAGUGGUGCAUUCACAUGGGAGAUAGUUCCGGUUGAAGUUUCUAGCGGAAGAGGGAAACCAACUAUCAUUGUUGACAAGGAUGAAGGUUUAGGAAAGUUUGAUGCAUCCAGAUUAAAAAAGCUUCGACCAAGUUUCAAGGAGAAUGGGGGUUCUGUUACUGCUGGCAAUGCAUCUAGUAUAAGUGAUGGGGCUGCUGCACUAGUGCUAGUGAGUGGAGCAAUGGCACAUAAAUUAGGAUUAAAAGUGGUUGCCAAAAUCAGGGGCUAUGCUGAUGCAGCUCAGGCUCCAGAAUGGUUUACAACUGCUCCAGCCCUCUCAAUACCGAAAGCAAUAUCGAAUUCUGGAUUGGAAGCAUCUAAUAUUGAUUACUACGAAAUAAACGAAGCCUUCUCGGUCGUGGCUCUUGCUAAUCAAAGGUUGCUCAACAUUGACCCCGCAAAACUGAAUGCGCACGGCGGUGCUGUGUCUUUAGGACAUCCUUUGGGUUGUAGUGGAGCUCGAAUAUUGGUCACAUUGUUAGGGGUGCUGAGGCAGAAAAAGGGAAAGUUUGGGGUUGCUGCAGUCUGCAAUGGUGGAGGAGGUGCAUCUUCUGUUGUUAUAGAACUCAUCAUACUGACAUGCAUGGAGAGUACUUGUUUUGUGCAUUAGCUUGUAGAGAGCAAUAAGAUAUUCUUGCGAAAUGAAACCAAAGCUUGAGCCAGUAUCAUGGGUGGCACGUUCUAUGCUAUGAAAUCGAAAUAGUUUCUUUUGCAGUGUCUGCCUCCAAUUACAGUCAUGUAUCUCCUAAAAGUCUCUCUUCGAACUUCUUGAAUAAUGUAACUUAUCUGAAUAAAUAUUUGUACUUGACACAUGCUUAUAUAGUCACCAUUCCUAACUACUUUCCCUUUUUAAAGAUCUUUUCUCUGCUAA